AGUUCGACAGCCGGCCACAUGACAGCCAUUUCUCUCUUUAGACUUGGCUUUAAUAUCGAGGGCAGCGAGAAUCCAAAGACAGUCUACGCCGGAUCCGACAUUGGUGCCGGCUGCUACAUCACCCGCAGCGACAACAAGCUCACCAACCUCAUGGUUGGCACUCUUGGCUGUUGGGUCCAGAUCAAGGUCAAGGGCAAGGACUGGGCGACCAUGGGUCUCACUUGCUAUCACGUCCUCGGGCCCUGCCUCGAGGGCUACACGGUUGGUGUCGCCAAGACCCAAGUUCCAGGCCUCUCCGAAAAAGUGGACCGUUCAUGCAUGAGCGAGCCUACCCGAGACUCAGCCUGCUGGAAGGCGGAUAUCGAUAGAUUUUCCCCGAGGGAUAUGCCAACGAUCGAGAUGGUGGAGCACCCCCCGCGCGUUAAACACAACAUCAAUGUCACCGACAAGCACGCGGAUAUUGAGGACGAUUUGCCCACUGAAGCACAGGAAGCAGCGGAAGCAGAGCUGAAAGAGGUGCUCGACUUCUUCAACAAUGGCCAUCAGUAUUUCGGCAGGCCAUUCUUCGCUUCGGGGUAUCUGCGACGCACCAAGACAUUUAAUGGUCGACUGGACUGGGCCCUAAUCCAGCCGCUUGACGACAGCCGAGUUGGUGGCAACGCCCUUCCAACCGUCCAGGAUUGGCAAUCGAAGGGGUAUUUCCAAUCUCAGAUGCCUCGGAAACGGGACGGUGUUUUGGAAUCUCAGGGCAUCUCUCUUCAUAACUGUGUUAAAGACGUGACUGUCGUCCACGACAAGGUGUCUGGAUUCAAGAUGGGAGCUUCGACGAGAUACACAGCGGGUGAGCUGUCGUGGGUCCAGACGACUUGCACCAUCACUGAGGACAAGUAUGUGGCCGGCCGGAGCCUGGAGGAUCGCAGGUCCACCGAGUUCGUCUUCGCACCCGUACAGCUAGAUCCCAAGAUUAGGUUUGGCAAUCGCGGAGACUCUGGGGCUGUCGUGUUCGACAAGCUCGGAAGGGUCAUGGGGCUGGUUUUUACUGGAGAGCGACCCCACCAAUGCGAUGCCGGAUAUAUCAUGGUGACGCCCAUCGAGGACGUGUUUGCGGAUAUUAAGGAGUUUAGUCGCGGACAGGUUGAGGAUAUCCGUAUCCUCGAAAGGGGUAAUUAAGGAAAAGCGUUUAGGUGUUUCUAGGAGAGAGAAAGAUAUUACAAACCACUCGACUGUUUGGGUCGUCUGUCUGUAAGGGAGCA